AUGAUCAAGCAAGGAAUAGAUAUUAUUGGCAUUCAGGAGCAUAGGAUAGUUCACAACGACCCUUUAAGAUUCAUCAAGGUGCUUGGGCAAUCUCUGAUUACAUCAUCAGCCUGGAGAAACGAAGCACAAGCAGCUACUGGUGGAGUGGGCUUACUAGUCAGUCAGAAGGCAAUGAAGUCCUUGAUAGGAGUACAGACAGUGACAAACAGAAUCCUAGUAGCACACUUCCAGGGUAAUCCUGUGACAACAGCUAUUGUAGUGUAUGCACCUACAAACUCCAGCACCCUAGAGGGAAGUGAACAGUUUUAUCUGCAACUGAGAACUGCAGUUAGCAGUGUUCCGGCUCAUAACUUUUUGAUGAUUCUUGGAGACCUCAAUGCAAGACUUGGCAGAGACGAGUUUCAACACUCUUUUCAUGAUCUGACCAACAGGAAUGGUGAGCUGCUGAUAGAGUUCAUGCAGGAAAAGCAGCUUAUUGCCAGCAACACUAUGUUUCGGAAAUCUGAGGGGAAAUACUGGACAUACCUGAGUCCCAAUCACAACAAGUACCAGAUUGACUUUAUCCUUGCCAGGAAGAAGUGGAGGAACAGUGUCAUGAAUACUGAGGCCUAUAGCACAUUCUCCAGUGUAGGAUCAGACCAUAGAAUUGUCACUGCAAAGUUCCGUCUGAGUUUGAGAGCCCCUAGGAGGCAUCAAAGGAUGCAGAUCAAGUAUGACUGGUAUGCCCUUGCAAACAACAGGGCUCUUCAGGAGCAAUAUACUGUAGAGGUGAAAAACAGAUUCCAACUUCUUCCGGAUGAAUGCCCAACAGAGAGAUAUGCAAGGUUCAUUGAGGCAAAUAGGGGUGCAGCUGAAUCCAGUCAAGCGGAAGAAGAAGAACAUGAAGAACAUAUGGUCAAGUCAGAUGUCCCAGUCCCUGAAUGUGAAGUUCUUUACUGCCACUGUGGAAUCAGUACUGCUUUAUGGAUGUGA